AACUUUCCAUUUAUAACAUACAUGGUGACAGAAAUGUACCACAUUUUCUAUGCAGAAUAUUUUCACUGAGGAGAUGCAAGAGUAUUUGAAAUAUGUUGUUUGGAAAAUGAUGCUGGCCUUUUCCUUUUCUGUCAGGAUUUUAAAUAUGCUUCUGAUAUUGGACGUUUGGCUCCAGAUAACUGCUAGGACUGCUUCCAAAGAGGUUGAAUAUUUAUGACACAAAAGGACACUGUGAAUUCUGUGUGCUUACAUUGGUAUGUGCUGAUGGCUAUACUUCUCCUGAUCCCUGCACACUGUAAUUUAACAGGCAAAGAUGACAUUCAUACAUACUGAUAAAGUGUUGGAUGCACGACUGGACAUAAAAGGAGAUGCAGGAAGCAAUCUGUAUCAGGAGUGCAAGUGCAGUGCAUUUGGAAAGCAGUAUUCACCUGUGAAUAUUCUUUCUUGUUUUAUUUGUGGAUCUCUAGCAAAAAAAAAAAAGCCAGAGAAGCAGGUUCCCUCAGAUAGCAAAUGAUGAUCCCCCAUUAGCUUUACUUGUCUAAUCCCAAAAAGACGUCUGAGUCCCAGGGCUAAAAUUUGUUCCAGAGCAUCCUGUUGUGAAGAGUGUCAUUCUUCACAUCACUGAAGAAGAGAAAGGGAAACCCUCUCUGGAACUAAGGGCUGGUGUUUUGCUUACUAUAAAAUAAAACAAACUUCCCUCCUGUUACGACAGUGUCACUUUCUUCUCAUUGCUAACCUUGCGUUUGUUGCAGAGAGGAACUAAAUGCCUAAACUCUUCUCUUGCUUCUCUCAGAGAUGUACUGACCUUCCAGCAAUGGUGAGACAAAGAUCUCUGAGACAGGACUUGAGCAACAAUCUUAAUGUGAAAGCUAACCAGGCAGAGAUCACUGCAGUACUUUUCAGAGACAGUGGGAGUGACUGGGUAAUACCUAAGGAAGGUUUUCAAGAACACCAAAACGAAGCUGAUGCUGUUUGGCAUUAAUGUUAAAGACACUGGAGCUGUUUACGUUGUAUUACAUUUUAAGUAAGAGUCUUCACAAGAGGAGUUAUCAUCCUACAAUAAGCAGUUAUCAUCUAUCCUGAACAGCUGCCAUCACUAUUUCUUUGUGAGAUAGAGGAGUUGGUUGGUGUUUGGAAAAAAGAUUCACAGAACCCAUAGUCCUCAUGAGUGCUUUGAUAGCAGAGCGAGGCACUUUUAUUUCUAUUUCAUCUAAAAGUUGCACGUUGUAUUUCUAAGCAAAACCUCUCACAAAGCUAAGGGGUGAGAAUAAAGGGCAGGAAGUUUUCUUCUAGUAAUUUGGCUGUAAGCUGAAAGCCACUCUGCUCUGUAACCUGCUGGCCUGCGCAAUUUGGGAGCCUAACAGCUAGCACAACAGUGUCACCUGCUGGCAAGCGAAGUGGCAACCCAUGCGUCUGUUGUCUUCACUGAACGCCACGGACUGCUUAUAUGCUUCAUGUGAGAAUAAUGCUCUUCACGUUUACAUUAAGGUGUCAACGCAGUGACGUAGAGUCAAAGAUGAUGAAAUUUCUUUGAAUUAACAGUUUUGCGUUACUCAAACAUACGAGAUUUUCUGAACUUUAUUUAAUGAUUAAAAUCAAGUAGCUUGUGUGAUUCAGCCUUUGUUUUUUUUUGUAUUAGGUGUAUCGUUGUAAUGCAAUUUUAAAAUCAAGCCUGAUACUGAGCCACAAUUUGUUAUGCCUUUUGGUGAUAUUGGUGAAGAACACACAAAAGUCUACCGUGGGCAUCACUUACUGCCCUCAAAAACUUUUCUUACAGUCCAGUGAAUCUCACACUUCCAUGUGUGUCUAACAUGCAUGUAUUUCAUAAAGGUGACAUGAAUGACCACAUGGAAGAAAAUGAAAAGAAAAGCAGCACUGCCCAGAAAACAUCUGCAGAAGAAUCUGUCUGUCCUGCUGCAGACAAAAUGACAGCAGAACAACUGCCAAAAGUUAAGAAGGAACCACAAGAAGGACCUGAGAUAGCUGACUUCAAUCGUGCAACUAGAGUGCAGAGAAAAAAAACACGCAUGAAACAAGACUGUUUUGAUAAACCCAAAACUCCGAAUAUGUAUGACAGUCAUGGCCGGCUGCUUGGGAGUAACAUUGAUUUGUGUGACUGCCUGGAUGAGAACUGCCUGGGUUGCUUCUAUCCUUGCCCCAAAUGCAACUCAACUAAGUGUGGGCCAGAAUGUCGCUGCAAUAGGAAGUGGGUUUAUGAUACAAUUGAGGCUGAAGACGGGAAUGUGAUCAAUGCUUUCCCAUUUCCUACUGAUCCAGAAUUUUGUUCCAAUAACUUUGUAUCUGAGUGAAAUUCUUCUUUCUUCAUGUUUUAUCAUAAUGAAUCUCAGCUUUAUGAGUUAUGAAAUGUCGGUCAAUGUUGUUUGUGCUUCUUUAUUGAUGUCUAGUCAGCACGCUUAUACAUUUCAUGUUAAGUAAAAUUGUACCGAGGCUCUCAGCUCUGACUCAGGCACAUUUUGCUGUGGAAGGAUGAUGUCACUGCACAGAAGGCUUCCUGAAACAGGGUAGACCAAAGAGCAAAUCCCCUCCCUGCCUACCUCAUCUGCCCAAGUGCCUGGAGAAGGGUUGAUGUCAUAGGUGACUCCCCUCUUUGGGUUACUGAGGGCCCAAUGUGCCAGCCAAACCUCACCCAUAAGGAAGUCCACUCCCUCCCUGGGGCCCAGCCUAGUGAAGAUAUCAUCUGUUAGCCUCUUGCCUAAAAACUGAUUAAAUUUAUCUUCCUGUUUUUUUCUCCUGC